AUGUUUGCUGCCUAUUUGUUUAGAGGAAUAAUGAUUGGAGAUUCCCAAAGCGGAAAGUCAAGCUUGGCUCAUAGAUUUCUGAGAAACAGGUUCAUUGAAGAGCAAAAACCAACUAUUGGUGUUGAAUUUGCGUAUAAAAUUAUAGGCGUUGAUGGCAUAGCGAUAAAAUUGCAAUUAUGGGAUACUGCAGGUAGAGAGGAGUUCAGAACAACAACUAGAUCCUAUUAUAGAUCCGUUGCAGCAAUUAUCUUUGUUUAUGACGUUACAAGGAGAGAAAGCUUCGAACACCUAAACGCUAGGAUUUCUGAAGCAAUCCAAAAUGCUCCAAGCACUGCUGUGGCAAUUUUAGUUGGAAAUAAAGUUGAUAAAGAAGGGGAAAGAAAUGUUUUAUUUGAAGAAGGCCAAAAAUUUGCAAGUGAACACCAAAUGAUUUAUUUGGAAACUUCAGCUAAAACUGGAUGGAAUGUUGACAAUAUAUUUCACUUCGUUUCAGCAGAAAUAUUGGCGAGAAUCAGAAAUGGACUGAUAGAUGUAGAAAAAGAAGGUCCUGGAAUCAAACUAAAUGAGCAAUAUUAA